UUUGUCUAAAUUCAACACACCUGAUCCUCCAGGUCAAUUAAAUAAUAAACAUGAAGUGCCUGCGGCACUCCAGGACCAGUGUUGUCUACCCCUGCUAUAGCCUGUUGUGAAUGGGAACAGCUGGAAAGAGAGGCUGGUAAUGUGUAGCUGACGUAACUUCGGCGGAAGUCGUGACAGUAAUAAGCUAAAUAUUAGCUAGAUAUUAGCUAGAUAUUAGUGCUAUAAGCUAAAUAUUUACCAGUCAAAGUGCAAGAAAAAAAGUUUUACUGUUAUCAUUUGAGUGCACAGUUAUUGUCCAUGUGAUGUAGGCUAAUUUGAAUAACACCUCAAACGUCCGAUUUUGUAAAAAGAUAACUGCAUAUGGUUAUGCCUGGUUAUGCAACCAUUUGGAUCAGUUUGGGACUAUUCUCAACAGUUAAGAAGGUCCAGAAAGGUACAUAAGCAGGCCACUCGUGUGUUCUGUCAGGAUGUAGCCCAGUGUUAAGAUAGGCCUACUAUAGGAAAAUAUGGGCUUCUCCUUUCCAACUCCCUGCCCGUUCUUAAUGCUGUAGCCUAUUUUACAUUCCGCAAGCAUGCAUCUCUCUAAUAGGCUAUUAGUAGGCUAAAGAAAAUAAGUUGAAAUAAGUGUCCAACAAGCUUUUGUAGUAUGGCUCUUUCUGGGACCCCACAAGAUUUAAGAGGAAGAGACCCCAGGUGCGUAAUUGCGCAACAGACAGACAGUCUACAUCCCAUGCCUGUCUCCUAAAUUAGAAACGUAUGCAUAUUAACCCGUAAUUCAUAAGCUCAAUGUUAGGCUUAAUACUGCAGUGAAUAUAUACAGUCAAUUUACAAAAGGAAAAACAAGUUUAUCAGAUAAGGAAAUCAUAGGUAGUCUACACUGUGCUAUUGAGGCUGCGCUGAGUGCUUUCCCUCCCAGUCCUCUGGUACCAGCUGGAAAAGCUACCCUAUUUGUUUUUUUUUAGGGACAAUAAAUGUAUCCUACCUAGGCUUCAACAACACAAUGUAAUGAAGAAUUGUAUUGUUUUCAAUUGAGUACAUAACCUCUAGUCUAGGCUGUAGGCUAUUCACUGUAGUUUGUCAUUUGAGUAAUGCUCAAAAGCCUAGCGUUUUUAAUGUUAAUUUAGAAAUGGCUGCAUCUAGCUUGCCUGAUUGGCAACCAUUUGGAUCAGUUAUGGGUUUUUACUCAGCUGUUAGCCUACAAGGUCCAGGCACAUUAGCAGGCCAGUAAUAUGGUGUAUUUCGUUCAGGAUUUAUCAGCGAAAAGAAACGUGCUAAUGCAGGGAUUUCUAGUGGCUCGAAUAUGAAUUAUGAUAAGGAAGUUGUAUCUGUAGUUUCUGCAUUUGGCUUCCGUGUUUUAAGUGUUUGAAAAUCAGGUGGAUUUGCCUAGAGUUAAAUUGGGCCACCCCUCCCUCGGAUGGUCUUAUCAUCUCCCUGUGACUCCUCUGUUCACAGGGCCCUUCCACAGCACCGGCUUUGCAGGCCCCCUCCACACUAUUAACAUGGAUGGCAGGGACGAUUUCAUUGAGGACACCGAAUGCCACAGCAACAAUUCCCAACAGGACAGCAUUUCAGGGCUGUGUUUGCCUCCAUAGAAGACAGUGAUAGCGACCUGGACAACCACGACUCAUCCUCCAACACCUCAGCUGACGACCACAUGACCUCCACCAAGAGAACACACCACAGGGGAGUUAAAGAAGAGAGCGAGGAGGGGGCCGACCUGAUGAACAGCUGUGUGUGUCCUCUGUGCACCCUGGAGUUCAGCAGCCCCGAGCAGCUCAUCACACACGUCUACCAGCACACAUCGUUGAUGGGCAGCAGUAAGAACUACGUGUGCCCAGUGUGUGGGCGCGCGCUCAGCUCGCCAGGCUCCCUGGGGCGCCACCUUCUCAUCCACUCUGAGGACCGCCUCUCCAACUGUGCUGUGUGUGGGACACGCUUCACCGACACCAACAACUUCAACAGGGAGAAGCUCAGAGAGAUCCUGAACACAGGCAGCAGUAUGGAAUGCAGCAGCGGAGAUGAGAACUGUUCCAUGUCCCGGUCUCUCUCCGGCAGCCCCAUGGGCAACCCCGGUCAUGGCCUGGGACACAGCCACGGGCCCGGCCACAACCAAGGACACGGCCCAAACCACAACCCUGGCACAGGCCACAUCCCGGGACACAACCACGGCCCGGGAUACAACCCCGGCCACAACCAGGGACACAACCAUGGCCAAGGUCCCGGACACCUCCCAGGCCACCCACUCCCCUCGCUGCACCACAGCCUCCUCUCUUCRCCCCCCUCCUUCCCUGACRCCCUCAGCCCCUCACCAGGCCUACCCCUGCUGCCAGACAUCCUGAGCCCCAUGCCUGUGCACCCGGCCGGAGUGCUGCUGGUGUGCAACAGCUGUGUGGCCUACCAGCAGCUGGUGGACGCCCAGUCUCCYAUGAGGAAGUGGGCCAUGCGCAGGAAGAACGAGCCGGUGGAGGCACGCAUGCACCGUCUAGAGCGCGAGCGCUCCGCCAAGAAGACCAAGCGGGAGCACGAGUCGCCYGAGGAGCGGGAGCUGCGACGGCUGCGGGACCGUGAAGCCAAGCGGAUGCAGAGGCUGCAGGAGACAGAGGAGCAACGGACACGGAGGCUUCUSCGCGACAGGGAGGCCAUGCGGAUGAAGAGGGCCAACGAGACGCCAGAUAAGAGGCAGRCCAGGCUGAUCCGUGAGAGAGAGGCCAAGAGACUGAAACGGCGGCURGAGAAGAUUGACCCCUCCCUGAGAGGUCAGAUAGAGCAUGACCCAGCUGCUAUGGCUGCCCUGACGGCAGACAUGAGCCUGUUCCAGUUCCCCUGCCCCAUGCCUGUCCCCUCUCUGGACAACAGCCUCUUCAUGAAGYUGCCCUAGCAGGACCAGGUCACUGGGGGCAGCACACUGGACCACUAACAGUUACAAUGACUUACUCCACUACGCCUAUGGGUUGCCAUGGUCACAGAUGGAACCAUUCCAUGCUGGUUGAAAUUCCAGCAGCUUCUGUGUCCAACAACUUGAUACCCAAACUCCUGUGUCAACAAAUAACAUUAAUUUAUUACAGACUAGCAGG